AUGGACGCUCUUAGGGAAAAAUUCGACUGCCACCGUCAGAUCUGCAUGCGUCACUGGGAUUUGCUUUUCGACUAUCCCAAAAUAACUAAAGAAACACCCGAAGCUAUAGACGAUCUUAUCGAGACAGUCAAAGUACAUCUCCAAGCGUUAGAAAGACUCGGGGACCCAGUCACGUCAAACGCCAUUCUCAUAAAGCUUGUCACGUCGAAGUUACCCUCAGCCGUUGUUCGCGAAUGGCAACAUACCCUACCGGACAAGAAAUUGCCGCCAUAUACGCAUUUAAAAUGUUCGGUCCCAAUCGGAGCACUCAACACGUUAUCGACGACCUCGAAACGCUACAUCACGGCCACGAUCACCUCUAUUGACGGCACAUACGUACGCAACUUGACGUUUCUGAUCAUACCGACUAUCGCGUCUUGGGUCCCAAACCAACCCGUAGAUCGCUCAACGAUACAGAUACCUAGGAAUCUCCAAUUAGCCGAUCCAAGAUUCCAUAGACCUGCUCCGAUCGAAAUAUUGUUGAGCGCCGGACCAACACUAGCAUCACUCUGUGUCGGCCAACUUGAUAUCAGUCAAGCAAACGGGCCCGACUUGCGUCUGCAAAAGACGAGAUUCGGAUGGGUCAUCGGGGGGAGCCCAACCUCACAAUCAUUAGCAUACGCAUUUCACACCUCCACGACGGCUUUAAAGGCGGACCUCGCCCGUUUUUGGGAAAUCGGCGAGGGACCGCCCACCGCACGAAUUUCGGAAUCGGAACGACAGUGCGAGGAGCACUUUCGAAAUCACGUUCAACGCAACAACGAAGGGCGAUACGUUGUCGCUCUCCCAUUCAACGAAACAACUCCUCCGCUUGGAUCUUCCAAAGCCAUGGCAAUGAAGCGACUCACUUCCCUCUGCCGUCGAUUCCAACGAGACAAACAAUUCGAAGCCGACUAUCACGCCGUAAUACAAGAAUACUUGGAAUUAGGACAUAUGACGAAGAUCACCACGGACCACUGCGCGGACGACGGAUAUUUUCUGCCACAUCACGGCGUGAUCAAAGAAUCCAGCCGGACUACAAAACUCCGAGUUGUGUUCGACGGAUCUGCACCAACCACCACCGGAGAUCGGAAAUUCCAACAAAUCUUGUGGCGCAACUCGGACGGAGAAGUGGACAUCUAUCAACUUAACACAGUGACAUUCGGGCUGUCAGCGGCCCCCUAUCUAGCCAUUCGGUGCCUCAAACAACUGGUAGACGACGAGGGACAUCGAUACCCACGAGCAGCGAUUGUCUUACAGCGAGACUUCUACGUCGACGAUGUUCUCACAGGAGCCGAUACAAAGAACGAGGCACAAUCACUGAGAACGGAGCUCAUAGAGUUGCUUAAAUUAGCCGGCUUAAACAUCCGAAAAUGGGCAGCGAACGACCGGGAACUGCUACGAGGACUUUCCGAGCAGGACAUAAACGAUAAGCUGCUACUAGGCGAAUCGCAAACUUUCAAAACUCUGGGUGUUGUUUGGAAUUCCUUUGACGAUUCGAUCCUAUAUUCCGUCAAAAUCAAUCCUACCGCCUCUCGAAUUACGAAGAAAACAAUCAGCUCCGAAAUUGCCAAGAUCUACGACCCUCUUGGAUUACUGACACCAGUGAUCGUUCGCGCUAAGAUGUUGCUCCAACGACUUUGGACUUUAAAACUUGACUGGGACGAAUCUCUUCCGGCUGACGUACAUACAGAAUGGAGCAAAUAUUAUUCACAGCUACCUUUGCUAAAUAACGUGAAGUUUCCACGUAAAACUAUAAUCAAGACUGCAGCGGAAAUUGAAUUACACGGAUUCUGCGACGCCAGCGAAAGGGCGUAUGGGGCAUGCGUCUACCUUCGCACCAUCGCUCCGGAUGGUCAUGUUUGGACACGACUCCUCACUGCAAGGUCAAAGGUGGCUCCACUCAAAUCACAAACCAUUCCAAGGCUGGAACUGAGUGGAGCACUUCUUCUCGCAUCAUUGGCCACUACAGUCCUUCAAGCGUUACCAAGCAAUAUUUCUCGGACCGUUUACUGGACUGAUUCUACAAUCGUUUUACACUGGAUUAAUACAUCACCCCAUACGCUGAAAACCUUCGUCGCCAAUCGUGUGACAGAGAUUCAACAAAAGACUCACACCUCAGAUUGGCGCCACAUUCCCACUACCGAUAACCCUGCAGAUCUCAUAUCUCGAGGCCAAUCACCCCAAGACUUCCUGCGAUCUACCAUUUGGCAACAUGGACCAGAAUGGCUCCAACAACCUGAAAAAUACUGGCCGUCGUGGAACCCAGUACCAUUAGUUGAAAUACCAGAGCAAAAGAAGGCAACAUAUGAAAUACGUACUCUCCGCACAGAUCGAAAUUCUGCAGUGAAGGGGAAGCUGCAACGACUCAAUCCAUUUCUGGACAAGGACGAGAUAUUGCGAGUCGGAGGCCGACUCAGUCAUUCACCAAUGCCCUUCACUCAGAAACACCCAAUCAUUCUACCCAAAUCCUCAGUUACAGCACUCAUAAUCGAGCAUGAACACCUCCUAAAUCUCCACUCCGGAACUCAAGCUACCUUAUAUGCCUUGAGGAGAUCUUACUGGCCUAUCGACGGCCGUAAUCAAGUUUGGAGCACGCUGAAGAAGUGCGUACGUUGCUGCCGAGCCAAUCCACCUCCAGUAGAGUACGUAAUGGGCGACCUUCCAGCUGCACGGAUAACGGAAUCUCGUCCAUUUACCAACGUCGGAAUCGAUUAUUGCGGACCGUUCUACAUCAAGGAACGAAAGGAUCGCAACCGACGAAAAAUCAAGGUAUAUGUAGCAAUCUUCGUAUGCCUUGCAGUUAAAGCAGUCCACCUCGAGCUGGUCACCGAUCUCACUAGCGAGGCCUUCAUUGCUGCUCUGUGA